AUGGGACACCCCCAGAUCCCACGGCCGCCGGCGUCGGUGCUGCUGCUGCUGCUGCUGCUGCCGCCGCCACUCGGAGCAGGAGACUCCCUUCCUACAGAGAGCAGACUCAUGAACAGCUGUAUCCAGGCCAAAAGGAAGUGCCGGGCCAAUCCCACUUGCAAGGCUGCUUACCACCACCUGGGCUCUUGUGCCUCUACGCUAAGCACCCCAUCGCCUUCAGAGGAGUCUUCUGUGUCUGCAGACUGCCUGGAGGCAGCACGGCAGCUCAGGAACAGCUCUCUGAUAGGUUGCACGUGCCACCCACGCAUGAAGAACCACACUACCUGCUUGGAGAUCUAUUGGACUGUCCACCCUGCCCGAAGCCUUGGUGACUAUGAGUUGGAUGUCUCCCCUUAUGAAGACUCAGUGACUGCCAAGCCCUGGAAAAUGAAUCUCAGCAAGCUGAAAAUGCUCAAACCAGACUCCGAUCUCUGCCUCAAGUUCACCACCCUGUGCACGCUCAACGGCAAGUGUGACCGGCUGCGCAAGGCCUAUGGCGUGGCGUGCUCUGGAUCCCGCUGCCAGCGCCACGUCUGCCUCGCCCAGCUGCGCUCCUUCUUCGAGAAGGCCGACCCGCCGCACGCGCAGGGCCUGCUGCUCUGCCCCUGCGCGCCCACUGACAGGAGCUGCGGGGAGCGCAGGCGCAACACCAUUGCCCCCCGCUGUGCCCUGCCGGCAGAGCCCCCCAACUGCCUGGAACUGCAGAGCCUCUGCCGCGCGGACCCCCUGUGCAGAUCACGCCUGAUGGAUUUCCAGACCCACUGUCAUCCUUUGGACAUUCUAGGGACAUGUGCAACAGAGCAAUCCAAAUGUCUGCAAGCAUACUUGGGGCUCAUUGGAACCACCAUGACUCCCAACUUUAUCAGCAACUUCAACACUAGUGUGGCCUUAAGCUGUACUUGCCGGGGCAGUGGCAACCUGCAGGAAGAGUGUGAACAGCUGGAAAGGUCCUUCUCCCACAAUUCCUGCCUUAUGAAAGCCAUUGCAGCUAAGAUGCGUUUUCAUAGCCAGCUGUUCUCCCAGGACUGGGAAGACCCUACCUUCUCUGUGAUGGAGCACGAGAUCGAAAACCUUGCUCUGAGGAUACAGACCACGGUGGCCUUUCUUUUCUCCUGCACACUUACCCCGAUUCUGCUUCAGAGGCUCUGGUAGCUGGACUUUCUCUCCACCCCCACCACCCCCAGCCUGACCUGCAGCCCGUGAGGGGUGAGAACAGAACAGCCUCCAGACAGAGGGCCAGUGUACAGCCGGCUACCCCUGACCCCCACUUGGCCAAUGCAGUUGGAUCAGAUAAGGCCACAGUAGAAGCCAGAGGCUAUGGCUUUCAGAUCCUGAUUGGCCGCUCGAAUUUACUCGUUCUUUACUCCUGCUUGUGACUCAGGCUACCCCUUCUUGGUGACCACAUUGUAGCCAUAUCUUCUGGUGGUGACCAGCUCUCUCUUGUUCCUUUCUUCCUGUCCACUAGUAUCACCUACAGUCUAAUAAACCAAUCAUAGCCUAUUGCAUUCUCCAGAUAGGCAGGGCUGGAUGUAUUGAGAACAACAAGAAAGCCCCACGUAUCCCCUCUUCUGAAUGCAGACGGGAAGGAGUCCGAGGCCUGCACUGCUCUACCCUGGGAUCUUGAGGAUUAAUUGGACAUUAAGAGUUGAAGUGUGGGGCUGGGAAUAUGGCCUAGUG